AUGAGUGGACGCCAAGACGAGAGCGCCUCGCUGGACGCUCUUUUCUCUGCCGCUCGUCGUCUGCCUCCACUGACUGUGGAGGAAUGCGCCUUCGACGCCGAGUCGAAAAAUUGGGUGCCGCAUGCAGCCAUUCGAAGACUGAAGAAAAAAGAAGUCCAACAGCUUCGCCAUGUACGCCUCAUAGUUCAAAAGGCCCCCACAGGGCAGAGCAAAUGUCGCUGCUGCGGCGGAAAGAUCGAGAAGGGCGAGGCGCGUCUCGGCUACCCGACGGCGGAUCCGCGAGGGGCAUUCGGUCUCCUCACCUGCUGGCUGCAUCCGCGUUUCAGGUGUGCCAGAGUCAUUCUCGAGGAAAUUUUGCAGGCUCAGUUGGGAGACAGGGACCGCACGGAUAUCGCGCAGCUCCUACAGAGAACGAAGGAACAGGAGGACAGUGAAGAGGCCGUCAAGGACGAGAAGGCAAUCAAGGACGAGAAGGCAAUCACGGACGAGAAGGCAAUCAAGGACGAGAAGGCGAUCAAGGGCGAGAAGAACCCCCCGGUGGGGAGGGACAGCAAGGACGCGGAGCGCAAGGCAGAUAAAAACGAGAACUGUCUGCCACUCGAUCCCAAGGAAGAAACUGAAGCGAGCGUCUCCACCGCCGCGUCGUCGCCGUCGUCUCCUUCGCCUUCUGGGUCGGCCGUCGCCUCCGUGAACAGCACGCAUGCGCUCUUGGGUGAACACCUCGAACUUGCUGCUCUGUGUCACGGCCUCGACGACCUCGAGGCGGCGUCUCUGGCAUACGUGAAGGCGCAGUUCGGCGCAGCGAUUCACAGCGUGGUAGCCCGUGCCGACGCGGAGGCUUUGCUUGCGGCAGAGAAGAAGAACGCAGAUGGCGAUGCGGAAUUCCCUGAAGAUGACAUUGCCGCGGUCAUGCGCGACAUCGUUAAACGCCGAAUUGAAGGGCGACGGCCUGCGCCGUCCGACCUCAUGGUAUCGCUCCUCCCUUUCCAGGAAGAGGGUCUCUGGUGGCUUUGCCGACAGGAACAGUCCGAGGUGCGAGGCGGCAUUCUCGCCGACGAAAUGGGUAUGGGUAAAACGAUUCAGAUCAUUUCCUUGAUUCUCGCACGUCCGUUUCCUCCUCUGCCUCGCCCCCUGCGCCCCAGUGCGUCCUCCCGCGAGAGACAUGCGCUGCCUCGCGUCGGGCAAACGCUGGUGGUGACGCCUCUGGCCGCCCUGCUGCAGUGGAAAGGCGAGCUAGAGAAAUUCGUCAGACCGGGGCGACUCUCGGUUCUCGUCUACCACGGCCCGUUUCGCCAGGGCCUUAAGUCAGAGCUGGAGAAGCACGACGUCGUGCUGACCACCUACUCGACGCUCGAGCAAGACUUCCGCCGCGAAACCAACAAACACAAGGUUCUCUGCAAGUACUGCGGGCGUUUGUUUCUCCCCGACAAACUCGCAAUUCACCAGCGGUAUUUCUGUGGGCCAGCGGCGGUACGGACAGCGAAGCAGCGUUUGACGACGCGGAAGCGGGGGACGGAGAAGGCGAUGGAGACGCUUCAAAUCACUUCUGAAACGGCUCCAAUCGUGGUUGAGGAAGACGAGGGCGCCGGAACUCAAGAGCGGGGCCGGAAGAGAAAACGGAAUGGGAGCAAGGGGGAGGAGUCGAGGCAGGACGGAAAGGCAGGCAAGCAGGCGUCCUCGUCUUCUUCUGCGUCUUCUUCCGCGUCUUCGUCGUCAGCGUCCUUUUUGCCUACCCCUUCGAAUGUGAUGAAGGAACUGAUGGCGGAGGCGAAUCGGGAUCUCCGCGAUGUCGGGCCUUCCUGGGUCUUUCCGAAGCCCCUUCGUUUCGCGCGGCGUACGCCGUAUUCGCCGAAAGCGGAGAACGGGAGCACAGCUGCGCAGAACGGCCAGGCGCCGGCGAAGAGAGAGCUCACGUCCAAGGACGACGCCGCGGCCUCCGAGGCUUCUGAAGAUGAAGCCGAAAUCAGUAGAGCUGUACAGCAACUCCUCGAAAUGGGGUACGAUCGCGACCGAGCUCUGGCGGCUGCGUUAUCGUGCAACGGGAGCAUCGAAGACGCCGUGCAACUCCUCGCGGAGGACAAGGUUGGGGGCGACGCGGGCCAGCGCAGUUCCGACGAAGAAGAGGAAGAAGAGAGCGCGCGGGCCGAGAGGGACAGAGCUCGGACGUUGCGGCACGAGCUCCGAAUCAGCAGAACCGAUGUGCCGCGACAGAAGCUUCCUGUGCUCCAAGGGCUCCUCAGACGCUGCGGCCUUCCGACGAGCGGCACGAAGCAGCAACUGGUCACCCGUCUCUGUCGAUUCCUUUUCGAAGAGGAGGACAUGUCGGAUGAAGCCGAGGCGUCCGGCGAGGAGCCCCGACGCGGGGACAGAGGGCCGAGGCGCCGCGAGAGGCCAGCGAAGAGCAAGAAAGGGGCGUGCGGCGGGUUGAGACGAAGCGGGGAAGGCGUAGACGGCGCAUCGGAGAACGAGGCAGCAGGCGAGCAACCGCGGCGUUCCCGAAGACUUCGCGAAGUGGCAGAGGCCGCCCAGGAGAUCCAGAACGGGGGAUCCGCCGGAGGACGCGAGGCAUCCGCCAAGAAGGGCGGGGAGAAGGCUCGGACGACUUGCGCCCCGAGGGGCGCAACGACGCCCGGCAGCGCGAGCGCGUCCACAAAGCAGACAAAGGGGAAGAAGGCGCCCGUGUCGAAAAGAAGGAAGAAGGCCGAAUGGUGCAGCUCGUCGUCCUCGUCUGACGAAGAUUACGAAGAAGAAACAGACUCCUCGUCCGUCAGUUCCGCCGCAGACGAGGAAUCCUCGUCGGAGGCGUCCUCGCUGUCGCCUUCCGAGGCUGAAGAGUCGGCGGACGAGGCGCCAGCACGCCCUCGGCCAGCCGCGCGGCCCGUCGCUUUGCCUGCCUCGUCCACGACCGACGAGGACGGCGAGCCGGCGGGAGGUCUCGUGGACGAGGAAGAGGACGAGAACGACGAGGCGGUCAAGCAGCUCUUGCGCCAAUCAAUGUUGCACAGCAUUCUGUGGCAGCGCCUCGUCCUUGACGAGGCGCACCGCAUCAAGUCGCGGAACAGCAGCACUGCGCAAGCAGUCUUGGCCUUGCGGACGGCGACCUUGGUCUGCCGAAGGGAGGGCGAAGUCGUCGCGGUGCAUGCAGCGGGGAACGGGGAUCGCGAGGACGCGGCAGGAACCCUGAAGGCGGAGACGAGCAACAAGCGGAACCGGAGAAAAACGAAGGCGGUCGAGCGAAAAACGCCGGAGAAAGAGACCAAGACGACGGGCACAGAGACGGAAAACCACGCAGAGACAACCGACACCCACCUUGAGGCUUCUUCGACGCAGCUUGCAAACGGUGGAGGGGCUCUGGUUCUACGAGAACGAAAGGAGGGAGAAGAGGCGAGCGACGAGGUCGCGUGGGAACUGAAAGUCGGAGGCAGUCGGUGGUGCCUAACGGGCACGCCUCUCCAGAACCGGAUUGGAGAGCUUUUCAGUCUUGUCAAAUUCCUCAGAGUUUAUCCCUACGCCUACUACUUCUGCAAGAGGCCUGGAUGCACGUGUCGGUCUCUGCACUUUCGCUUCCACGAGGGCAAACACUGCGUGAAGUGCGGGCACACGCGCAUGAGUCACUUCUCGCUCUUCAACCAGAAAGUCAUCAACCCCAUCAAGCGCUGCGGGUACCAGAACGAGGGCGUCGUUGCGUUGAAGAACCUCAAGAGAGACGUUCUGGAUACGAUUAUGCUUCGCCGGACCAAAGUCGAACGAGCUGCAGACGUGAAGCUUCCCCCGCUGACUGUGCGCAUUCGCCGGGACGCCCUCUCGCCGGAGGAGCGCGACUUUUACGAGUCGCUUUUCAAGCAAACUGCAAUUCAGUUCGAUGCCUACGUCGAAGCUGGAACCGUUCUCCACAAUUUUGCCCACAUUUUCGAUCUGUUGAGUCGCCUCCGCCAAGCGGUGGAUCACCCCUACCUUCUCGUCCACGGAUCGCUCCAGCCUCUCGACGGCACUUCCCUGCUUCCCACGGCGUCGCGGAAAGAGCAGCCCGCGGGUGUUUGUGCCUUGUGUCAAGACGACGCGCUGCAUGCGGAGCACCUCACGGAGGCGAGCUGCGGGCACGUGUUCCAUCGCGCUUGCUUGUGGGAGUACGUCCAGUCGGUGCCCGUGGGCCCCGGCCCCGAGACGAUGUCGGAGGCCCUCGAAAAGAAGAAAGAAGUUCUGGGGUGUCCGGCGUGCUACACGCCCCUGACGGUCGACCUGUCGACUCUCGAGCGCCAAGUUUGCAGCGCCGCCGGGGGGGCUGAAGACGGCGAAGGCGAGACGAGGUCGCGAAAGGGAGGAAGAGACCAAUCUGCCAAAGACGCGGAAGAGGAGGAAGACGAGACGGACGAGGCCGAGCUGGAUGAGUUGCUGGAGAAAGACCAGGGGGGCCAAGCAGGCAGCAGGGGGCAAGGAGACAGUGAACCAGAGAAUGCGCGGCCUCGUCAGAAAGCAGAGACGCCGCAAUCCGUUUCCGACCUCUCGCGGAACCUCCAGCAAGUCGGGCUCGGGAAACGCGGUCCUGAUGGAAUCAUGCAGAAAAUCAAGGCUAGCGAAUUUCGAAGCAGCACAAAGAUCGAGGCGCUGUACCAGGAACUUCUUGAUAUCGAGCGAGAGGACACCACCGUGAAGAGUCUCGUCUUUUCUCAGUUCUGCUCCAUGCUGGAUCUCAUCGAAUGGCGACUUAAAAAGGGAGGGAUUCACUGCGCGAAACUCGUGGGCUCGAUGUCGAUCGUUUCACGGUCCAACGUUCUCUAUGCGUUCAACAAUGAUCCGUCUUUGAAAGUGCUUCUGAUUUCCCUCAAAGCAGGAGGAGAGGGCCUCAACCUGCAAAUAGCUAGUCGGAUCUUUCUGAUGGAUCCGUGGUGGAAUCCCGCAGCCGAGAUGCAGGCGAUUCAGCGGGCACACCGAAUAGGCCAGCGACAGAAGGAAGUCAUUGCCGUUCGUUUCAUCGCCGAAAAAACUAUCGAGGAGAGAAUUCUGCAGCUCCAGGAGAAGAAACAACUGGUCUUCGACGGGACAGUCGGUGCCUCCGACCACGCAAUGACCAAGCUGACUCAGGACGACCUCCGGUUCCUGUUCCAAAACUGA